AUGCAAGUUGUUGUUGGUGGAGCGGCCGCCUUCCUCUCUGUGGUGGCCCUCAAGCAGUACUUGUCCAGGCAUCAGCCCAAGGGUUGCGUGGUGAUACGCGAGCCUGGGCUGCUGGGCUGCCUGCCGAAGAUCUGGCAGAACUUUGCAAAGAACACGACUCACAGCAACCUGGUCGCAUACCACGAAGCAGAUGGGGACACGAUCUACCUGCACCUUGGGAUUCUACAGUACUUCAUGCCGCCAUUGGUCAUCACACGUGAUCCUCGCAAUGUCGAGCACAUGCUGAAGACAAAUUUCGAGAAUUAUCCCAAAGGAGGCACAAUGCGCAACUCCAUGCAUGAGCUGUUAGGGGAUGGCAUCUUCAAUGCAGAUGGGGACCUGUGGUUCAAGCAGAGGAAGACCGCCUCACAGAUGUUCACGGCAAACAGGUUCAAGAAUCACAUCUGGCGAGUUGUGCAUAAGAACUGCCAAAAAGUGUUGGAUUUUUUAUCCACGAACCAAGAGCCCGUGGUGGAUAUUUUCAAUUUGUUGAAUCGCUUUACAUUGGACUCGAUUGGGGAGAUCGGAUUUGGGACCUCAAUUGGGUCCCUUGAGAAUCCAGUGUCACCCUUCCUGCGCUCGUUUGAUGAAGCGCAGCGGAUCGUGUUCAGGCGAUUCGUUUUGCCAGGAUGGCGCCUGUUUCAACUUCUUGGCCUGGGCUCGGAAAGUCGCAGUCGCUACCACAUGCGCAGCCUCAGAAAGUACAGCAGCAACAUCGUCGAGGAGCUAUCGCAGACGCUUCACACUGAAGCUGGGGAUAGCUUCGUCGGCCUCUUCAUGAAAGGCGAGCCCAACUCACCAAAGGAGUUUCUUACUGACCUUGUACUGAACUUUCUCAUUGCUGGCCGCGACACUACGGCCCAGGGCAUGUCUUGGUGCCUCUACCUUGUCAUGCAGCACCCAGAAGUGGAACAGAAGAUCCUGGAUGAGGUAGAGGCUGUGUGCAAAGGAGAGGCUCUGACUUACGAGAAGCUGAAAGACCUCAAAUACCUUGAGGCGGUCUUGAGGGAAUCCCUACGCCUCUACCCCUCGGUGCCACUUGACUCUAAGACUGCCCUUCAAGCCGACAGGCUUCCGGACGGGACCUUUGUCCCGCGCGGAACUCUCCUUCUGUACAAUUCUUACGGCAUGGGGCGGUCAAAGACCAUCUGGGGCCCAGAUGCAUCAGACUUUCGACCAGAACGCUGGCUGAGCGACGAGCUCAAGACCCCUUACGAGAAUCCAGUUUUCCAUGCUGGUCCGCGUGAGUGCCUGGGCAAGCGCCUUGCUCUCGUCGAGAUGAAGACAGUGAUGGCCUCUCUCCUGAAACAUGUCAGGCUGAGUUUGGCCGUGCCACCUGAGCAGGUCCUCCCAGACUCCGCGGCCACUCUUGGCAUGUCCUCUGGCUUAAAGUGCCAUGUUGAGCUGCGGAAUCCUUAG